CUUAGCAGCCGUUCUAUAUUACAUCUUCUUGGGAGAGGAGAUUGUAUAAGUUACAGCUCGACACUUUCUACUAUAAGUAUCAGCAUACCCUGGCCGCCUUAGUCGAAACACUGGGGCUGCUGGACUGAGUCAUCAGCAUAUUUAUCUCGGCUGCUUUCCAUGGCGCGACUCCUCCACUCUGCCACAAUCUCCAUCUUUGUUCUGCUUGUGGUUGGCCGGUGUAGCAACGCAGUCCUGACGGAGGCCGAAGUGUUCUGGCGCACCGCCUUACCGGAUUCUCCACUCCCGGACCCCAUCGUCAAGCUCCUCCAUCCUGAGACCAGCAGCGUUGUAAACAAACAACCAAAGGAUGAUGAUACGGUUGCUGAAGCAUACUCCCUGACUUGGCUGAUGUGGGGGCUUCGCUCUCCCUCUGCACCGACGACCAAGCACUCCAACACUGCAGCAGAAACCAGCCUUGUAAACAAACCAAAGGAUGAUUAUACGGCUGCCGAAGCAUUCUCCCUGACAUGGUUAAUGUGGGGGCUUCGCUCCCCAUCCGCACCUCCCAAGCAGCCCUCGUCUCCCAGCCGGCCGUCCCGUGCAGGCCGUGACCACAGCGCCGACGAGUAUUUGGCCAAGGGGCUCUUCUUCCACGAGGACCUAGUCCAAGUAGGCAAGACCCUAACUCUCUACUUCCCGGUGGCAGCCAGCGCGCCGCUCGGACUCCUGCCGCGCCGCGUGGCCGACGCCAUCCCGUUCUCGGCGUCCUCGCUGCCGGCCACCCUCGCCCGGCUCGGCAUCGCCAAUGACUCCGCGCAGGCGGCCGCCAUGGAGGAGACGCUGUACAUGUGUGAGCUGCCACAGAAAGCAGGCGAGGCGGCCAAGUUCUGCGCGACGUCGCUGGAGGCCCUGGUGGAGGGAUCCAUGGCGGCGCUCGGCACCCGCCGCAUCCGGCCGGUGACCUCCGGCCUGCCCCGCUCGGGGGCGCCCAAGCAGCCGUACACCGUCCGGGCCGUGCACCCGGUGGACGGGGCGAGCUUCGUGUCGUGCCACGACCAUGACUACCCGUACACCGUCUACAUGUGCCACAACACGCCCUCCACGAGGGCGUACAUGGUGGAGCUGGAGGGUGCCCGCAGCGGCCUGGCCGUCACGGUCGCCGCUAUCUGCCACGCGGACACGUCCAGCUGGAACGCGGAGCAUGUCUCCUUCAGGAUCCUCGGCACCAAGCCCGGCGGCGCACCGGUCUGCCACUACCUGCCGUAUGGGCACAAUUUGUGGGUCAACAUGGAGGCAAAUCGCUCGUCAUCCUAAGCAACUUCUAAACAGCUGCACUCGCUCCGUCGUCCCAACCAAGAUUGAUCAUGUCUAUGUAGUGUGUACGUCUAUGAUCUUGCAAUGUUUGGCAUGUUGUUGUUCAGAUCAGGGGCACAGCUUCUGCUUGUUUGUUUUCAUUUACCCACAUAAUAUAUAGUAUCUAAUGUUUUUUUCA